AUGUUAAGAGCAACAAAAAGAAAAAGAAAAGGUUCCAACCUUGCAGUAGCUGGUGGGUCUUGUGAAAAGAGGGCAAAAGCGACAAGUAAGAAUGUUUUUAAGAAAGGUGAUAUUGUAUUAUGUCCUCUACAGUAUGGUGUAUGGUGGCCUGGCUAUAUUGUUAAUUUUGUUUCUGAAAAUAAAGUCACCAUUGGAUUUUUUGAAGAGAAUCAAGUAAACAUAACUCCAUUAUCUAAAGUUGUAGGCAUAUCAUUUCAAGAUGCAAGUCUUCUGAUAAUGUCUAGUUCAAAUUGUCAUCAUUCAGAAGAAACCACAGAUUUGACUGAUGAAUCUGGAGAUGAUCCCGAUUUUGUACCAAAUAGUGAAGAUGAAACCUCAGAUGAAUGUGAAGGAGAACUAGACAUUAACAGAAUUCCUCAAGUUUCUGACACUGAUAAAUUUAAAUCCACUCCAUGUUCAUUAAAUAAUACCGUAUUAGAGCAAAAUGAAGCUGUUAGUUUGGUGAAUGAGGAAGAGCGUUUAUAUGAUGUAGAUCACCACGAAGUAUUUAUCAAAGUUUUAUAUAAAAAUAUAAAUUCAUCUCUUGGAAGACCUUAUGAUAGAAGGCAUGCAUGUAAAUUUUGCAAGAAACUGAAAACUAAUAUUCAAACCCAUCUCGAACAUGCCCACAAGGCUGAGGCCGAAAUAAUAAAGAUAGCUGAAUUAAAACGAGAUGUUGCUAUGUCACCAAACCCAGAACACACAAAAAAUUUACACAAAUUACAAACAGAACUUCGCAAUGAAGGAAAUCAUCAGCACAACCUACAGCAUUUUGACCGAGUUGUUGAAUGCGCUUUAAAAACAUGCGAAGAAGAUGAGGAACAAGAGCUAAGAAAUCCAAGCACAGCCUUAAAAUUAUCCUUCGAUGUGGACAAACUAUGCACUAUUAAAUUAGGUCUGUGCAUGCGAACCCGAGAUGAAAGGGGUAAACAAGAUUCAAUUGAUUUCAAAAAUUUGAUCCAAUUGGAGUGGAAAACCAAAGUAACAAGAUUAGCACAAGCAACACUACAAGAUGGCUUUUAUAAUAAAGCAAAAUGUUUGCUGUACCCAGAAGACAUUGUGAAAGUAUCUGCUUAUCUAGUGAAGGAGUUAAAAGAAAUUGAUCUUUCCAAAGAAACCGAAGUGUAUCAAGAAGUCAUAAUUUUGACCCAAUGUCGACUUCUUCUAUUUAACAGAAGAAGGCCAGGGGAACUUGAAAGUUUGAGCAUAGCUUCUUAUUUGAACAAACCAGGUUUAGAUGAAAGAGAAGUCGACUUGAGAAAAGACCUUACUAAAUUUGAACAAAUGCUGCUUUCUUCUCAAGAGUUAGUAGAAAUCCGGGGAAAGACUGGAAGAAAAGUGCCCGUUAUCAUUCCUUCUGAAUGUAUCAAAAUGUUAGAAUUUCUGUCUAAUCCAGAAAUCAGAUUGAAAUCUAACAUUAAUAAAGAAAAUCAAUAUAUGUUUGCCAACACAGGUUCUGGAGUAAUCCGUGCUGGAGAAUCAUUGAAUAACGUAAAGGAGCGGCUUGAACUAAGGGGCUCAUCUAGAAUAUUGGCCACUAAUCUUAGGAAACACACAGCAACCAUAUCACAGAUUGUAAACCUUACUGACCAGGAGUUGAAAAACCUUUGUCGACACUUAGGUCACACACAAAGAGUCCAUGAAAAUCACUAUAGACAAACUCUUGGUUUGGUGGAAAGGAUAGAUAUUGCCAAAUUGAUGAUUAUGCAGGAGCAUAACCUUAUAGCUACUUAUGCAAAUAAGAAGCUCUCAGAAAUUCAGUUUGAUGAAAUUCUUGAAAACAUAGAAGAACCUGAAAGUAAAUCAACUAAUUCGGAACCAGCGGACGCAGAUGUUACAGUCAACCGUGUUUGCUGGACACAACAAGAAGAAAAGGAAAUAAGAAAAAGAUUUAAAAUAUAUUUUGAUGAGGGGACAAAAACAUGUCCAUCUAAGUAUGACUGUAAAGAAGCCUUAAGAAAAUCUAAAGAAGAAGGUGGAAUGAUUGUAAGAAGAUCAUGGGAAACAUUAAAAAAAAAAGUUAACAAUAUGUUAAAACGGGCUCAAAAGUAA